GAAACCAAAAACAACACCGACAAACUCUUUUAUCGCUUGUAGCGUCUGUGCCCCCCAUUUUCUUACCUUUGGAAGCGGCGUCGAUUAUUAUUAUAAGUCGAAACGAGGCUUUAAAGAAACCGUAUCGUAAUGAACGACGACCAGGCCUUUAACUUUGCGCCGAAGCAGGGUGCGCCAGCCUCUCCGUUCGACGAGGGCGGCUCCCCCUUCGGUGCGGAGGCGAACAGCCCACCUUCCAUCGGAUCUGCGGCCGGCGGCAACGCACCCCCAAAUCGCUUCACCGAUGCCGCGGCGCCGUCGCAGCACUCGCCCGCAUCAAUGUCCGCGCACUCCGGCACCGGCGAGGCCCGCCCGAACGCUGUGAAGGCGCCGUGGGACGACGACGACGACUGGAACACGCCGAGCGCACCCGCACCGGCGCAGCCGGCCGCGCCCGGUUCCCCGCCCGCCGCCGACGAGAAGCCAGCGUCCUCCUUCCUCCCCGCACCCGCUGCCCCCGUCUCGGCAGCUGUGCCGCCGUCGCAGCCGUCGCAGGACAGCAUGAGUCCCUUCUCCGCCUCGCCCGCUGAGCCGCGCGCCACCCCGCAGUCGCCGCCGCACGGUGGUGUGAACGGCUUCAUUGCGUCCUCGCCGCCGCCGGGCUCGCCAAACCGCCCGCCCACGCCGCCGGAGAAGCCGAGCGCCGUCAACACCGCCAAGAUGGACGCGCUGAACAAGCAAGUCGCCAGCCGCACCGCUGCCUACGACGCCGCGACUAAGGAGAAGGAGAGUAAGAUCCUCGCCGCCGCGCAGGAGUUCAUCAAGGCGCAGAAGGCGAAGCGCGAGAAGGAGGUGUCGGAGGCGAAGGCCAACCACAAGAAGGAUCAGCAGACGGAUGCAAACAAGAUCGAUGCGUACAAGAAAAGCGGCGCCGUGUGGAACGCGGUGGGCAUGUUGGUCGACCUUCAGAAGCCGAACCAGUACUCGAAGGGGACGGAGCAGAUGCGGUCCAUCUUCUCCAUACUGAACGCGACCCCCGCUGCCCCCGCGGCCACGGCUGUUAAGAAGUGA